AUGUGGGAUAGCUUACGAUUGAAUGCAAAGGAGGAGAUAGUUGAUAUAGAUGGGGAAGGAGCAAAGAUGGUGAUGGAGAAAGGUGACCGAAGUCUACUAGGGAAGAUAUGGAUUGACGGACAGAUAAGUAAAACAGUGAUUCAAUCAACUAUGGGGAAGAUUUGGAAACUCAUUUUCGUAAUGAAUGCUUUUGAUGGUUACACACCACUGAGCAAAAUGAAGUUUGAUGUGGCAGCGUUGUGGGUACAAUUCCACAGCUUACCAUUUGCUAGUAUGUCAAAGGAGACUGGUAUCAAAUUAAGGAGUUCAAUGGGCAGUGUAGAGGACAUUGAAGUUGAUGAAUAUGAUCUGGGAUGGGGUAAUUUGCUGCGCACGAAAAUUGCUAUGGAUCUACGAAAACCUCUGCCAAGGGGACAGAUGGUGAUGUUGGAAGGAAUCAAGACAUGGGUGCCAAUCCAAUAUGAAAAUCUCCCUUGGUUUUGCUUAAAAUGUGGAAGGAUCAUUCAUGAUCAAUCUAGAUGUCCAAAAGCACUGGAUUCAAACAUAGGGGUGAAGCAAUAUGGUAGUUGGUUACGAGCAGAGGCUAGGAAUCUGGAGGAGGGUGGAGGCCACGGUAGAGCUCCAGUGCCGGACGAUGCUAAGCAGGCCUAUGGGCAUACAGCUGUCAGUAGCGGAGAUGCUGGGAAGGUGUGGGAUACGCUACCAAAAAAUAAGGAGAUAUCAGCUGGAAGUCUGUAA